AUGAAGAAAAGUAAAAAAGCUUUUACGGAGAUUAACAUUCGCUCUAAGAAUGAAUCAGAAAACUUCUUGUCUCUCUUGGGAGAUAACGAAACAUCUUCCUUAGUGGCUAUUACGAUGCCAUUUAUCUUGAACGUGAGAGAUGUUUUUCGUUUUUGUGAAUGUUUUGAUAAUAACAUAAGAACACGUUAA